CCCCGCACCAGUGGUCAGCCUUUUCCGGCUAAUAUCCUAUAAGAAUAGCGUUCUAUUGCAAAUAAUCCAAUCAGGUCACUUUUGAAAAAGGCUUUGGCUUCUUAUUGGUCAGUUCGGAAGAUCAGAAUGACGCCACGCGGUUGCAAGAAAUAGUAUUCGGGUUCCAUUUCAACGUUGUCACUUGGCGAGUGAAGAGGCGGCGUGCGCGCUAAAAUUUUCUUAGUGGGAGGUGUCCGAGAAGAAGUUCCAUAUGUCUCUUUCGAGACCCAUAUUACAAUACCCCGAAGAGAAACAUACUCAAGCUUUAGACGCUAUUAAAAAUGGCAUGUCUAUUAGAGAAGCUAGUAGAAACCAUGGGGUUCCUCGAGGCACAAUUCAAGAUAGACUUCAUCUACGAGUUCCUGAAGGGCCUAGAAAAAUGGGUCCAGAUUCCGUCCUUAACAAAUUAGAAGAAGCAGAAAUUGCAACGUGGUUGAAAGAGAUUGCAACUUGUGGUUUCGGGAUGAAACCUGACAACCUUCUUAAUACUGUCCAGGAUAUGAUGAUAGAAGACGGCAGGCCUAACCCGUUUGUAAAUGGAAGACCAGGCAAGAAGUGGAUGAAUUCUUUUUUCAGACGUAACAAUAUGUUUUCAAUGAGAACACCUGAAGCUAAUUCAAAGGGAAGGGCAGUAAUAACUGAAGAGAGUAUAAUAAAGUGGUUUGAGAAACUCACAGAUUAUCUAAGGGAAAAUCAAGCACUCGACGUGUUAGAGGACUCCAAAAGAAUUUUAAACGGUGACGAAACAAGCUUCAUGCUAUGCCCAAAAACGGGAAAAGUGAUAGCGCCCAGAGGAUAUAAAAAUGUAUACCAAAUAGUAAAGGGCAAAGAAAAGGAAGCAGUCACGGUUUUAGCUUUUCUUUCCGCUAUGGGCGAUAUUUUACCUCCCUGUGUAGUUUUCCCGUACAUCAGACCCCCCAAAGAUGUUAUAAAUAGUAUGCCUGAUGGUUGGUUUCUCAGUAAAUCUGACACUGGUUGGAUGAAGGCAGAUAUUUUCUUCGAUUAUAUUUCUAAAUGUCUAUCCAAGUGGAUAGAUGAAAACAAAGUGAAAAAACCAGUACUGGUUUUUGUCGACGGUCACAAAACUCACAUGACAAUGAAGCUGAGUAAAUACUGUCAUGAAAAUAACAUCAUUUUGUUAUCAAUAAACUCAUUUCCCUUUUCAACUGACUUAAACAAAGGAAGAGGUACUCAAUUUGAAAAAAAAUUUUAGAUGACGUGUCAGCAACUUGUUCCAAAUAACCAAACCUGAACUUCUAUUCCAUCAUUAUGCCAUCUAACUAAACAUGGCCUUCUGACUCUUAUGACUUUCGACUCUGUCCACCAAAUAAGGGAUUAAGACGUGACAUAUGAGUCUGUAACUCACCCAC